AUGCAUAUUUCAAGUUAUGUGAAAUUCCAAACUGAUUUCUUUCUCUCUUCAUCUUUUUCUCUUUUCUUUUCCAUUUCUUUUUGUGGUUGUCUUCCUUUCUUUCCCUUCCUGUUUCUGUUUUUUUCUUUUACAUCUUCCUUUUUUGUCUCUCCCUCUCUCAUGAAGCCGAUGUCAGAAGUCUGUGUAGAAUUCUCACAGAAUGCCUGGCGUAAAGACCUGUGUGCAAACUGCUUGCGUCCCCGAUCUGAGCACAUCAAAUCCACCAGUGACCAAGCAAAGCCCCGAAAAAGUUCCGUUGGAAAAGGCUCAGCACCAAUACCAGCCAAAAGAAACUCUACUCUCUUAAAGAGUACAGUACCCCGAAGCACGACCGUCUACGACAAAAAUGCUAACGAAAAGCAGUCUGCUGAUGAUGUAAAGCUUCUCAGCAUUAAGGCAUUGCCUGGUUAUGAUGAACCACAGACAGACAGUCAUGCUGAUUCUAUUGAGAAAGCAGCAGAGGUAUGUGGCCAGUCUGCGGAGAAGGACGAUGACACUAGAGUCAAGACUCCGCCAACAAAAGCUUCAAGACUCCUGAAGAGCUCUUUAAAAUCCAGCUGCAACAAGGAACCAAAUAAGAACCAAAGAGUUGUGAUUGCCGAUUCUGAACCAGAAAUUAUUGGUUACGACGGCGGGACAGAUUAUUUAUAUCCUGAAGAGGAGACUCUUGAGCUGCUAGAUCCAUCUCCACCGGAAGGAAUCCAGCUGACCGAGGAGGAGAAGCAGUUUGCUCUCUUGUCGUUGGAGAAUACCUUGUGGAACUCUGAUAUCCACAAUCUCCGGGUGGAGACACCGAUUGAGGGCCGUCUGAAACGAGUACCAAGUAAAGAAUUUGAAGAUGUAGAACUUGAAUUUUUAUGGAAGGCCGACAGGUUUACAGGCUUGAAGGAUUGUGAUUUGUUUCCCAAGAAAUUUGGAACUUUCCCUCGAAGGAGCCGGUCUCCGAAAACCCAACUGUCUUCCCGACCUUCAGCAGAAUUUCUUUUGGACCCGCACAAAUCUCCAGAAAAUGAGUUGAAUUUCCGUCUUCGGUCUGGUUCUGAUAGUUCUUCCUUGUACCAGAGUAACAGUCCAAAAUAUGGUGCUACAAUUAAUGUGAUGGCGCAAAGUAUGACUGAAGACACUAGUGGAUUGAAGGUUGACCAUUCCUCUCCCCACAGAAGCAUUGAACUGCUGCCCAAACCAGCACCCAAGCCACUGACCCUCAAAAAGGGCCUGAGUGAAUUUACGGAAAAACCAGUUCCAACAGUACGGCACAAGGACGAUCGAGAGAAACACCGUCAACAGUUAAUGUCCAGAUCUGUUGAAGGAAGGUUAGAAGAUUGCUCGGACAAACAGGAAAUAGUUGAAUCAGAUACACUGAAAAGGCAGAAACCUCCCGCCCCUGCAAAACGGCAACACAUAAACAAAGAAGGGACCUUGGGUCGGCGAGAUGAAAUGUCUGCGAGUUUUGCAGGAACCACCCUUGAAAGGAAAUUUGACCGUGAUGAGAUGUCAUUGUUGAAAGUAGAUGCGAGUGAUGCUCGAUUUUCCAAGGCGAAAUCUGUUGACUUUGAAGCAAAGAUGGCUUCCGUUGCUGCGACACUCGACUUUAACAAAACAAAAGGUAAGCGUCAAGCCCCGCAAGCUCCUGUGUCUCCCUUGCAUGAUGGCACUGCAUCACCCUCAAAAUCACCGGCUAAAAAUCUCGACUUGGGCUCUAGGUCCAAGUCCCUCAGUGUAGAGCAGGCUCAAAAAUUCACCCUGAGUGAUGAAGGUGAAACUAUGGAUGGUAUUGAUAGCUAUAAAGGGAAAAAUAAUGAAGGUCGUAUGAAGAAAGGUUUUGCAAGUAUGUUUCGGAGUUUUCUGCGGCGUGGCCGUGAUUCUUCCUCGGAUAGUAGCACAGAGCAAAGCUUUGAUAACUCUAGUUCUGGGAAAGGAAAUGAAAUCUCCAAGGACAUACCAGCAAUUAUGUAUGACAGCAAGUCGGAUCUACUGAGCACUGAAUGCAAUACAUCUGAUGAAAACAUUAGUGGACAGUUCCGAGUACGGGUCUUCCCUUCACCCACAAAGAGUACUGUGAGCGUGGCUUCUACUGCAAGUAGUACAAGUAAUGAAGGACUGGACUGCCGGCCUCCCUCUGAGAUGACUGCUUCAGAAAAACGACUUGAUAGCCAAGAACGACAGAAAGAUUCUGGAGAGGAACUUGUCGAGAGCAACCCCCCUUCUCGAAAGUCAACGAUGUCCCAUGAAUCUGUGCAUCGGUCAAACUCAAUGUCUAACAGUUCUAACGUGUCCGAUAAUGUGGACGACGUUGUGGUUGUUCGGCGGAGAGUUAAAAGUCCAAAAAAGAUGCCAGCUCCGAACGCUCCAAGUACAGCACGUGUUGCACCGACCAGUGAGAAAAAUGCAUUGUUUGCUAAAGAGCUUGAACAGCGACUUAGCAAGGCUGUUGAGAACAAGACCGGUACCCUGAAGAAGUCACCAGCACCGAAACCCCCUGAACCGCCACCUCCUUUACCAGACAGUGAAGGAACAGAGAAGACUUUGACGUCAAGUGGCAACAACACUGCAGCUGCCGUUCCUUCAUCCUCAUCUCAGGAUAGCAGCCGUCAGGAUUCUAUGACUGAAAUAAGACCUAUUGAGAAGAUAGAACUGCCAAAAGCUGCUCAAAGUAGACGAAGUUUCUUGGGAAAGUUUGCUGGUAAUCGACGUUCGCGCCCUCCUCCUCCACCCCACCUGUGGCUACCAACACAAAAAGUGUUCCUUCAACCAUUUUCAAGACGGGAAGAACCCAGUCUUAUAAUAUUACCAAUAAGUACUGAGCAGGCGUUACUAGCUGUGGUGGACUGCACAGAUCAGAAAACACAACGGACAAAGAACAAGAAUUGCAUGCAGGAUAAUGCUGUGGAUGAAGACGGAAAGAGCAGACGAAAGGCACCAAUUACUUGUUAUAAAGAAACUUUGAUUGCUGAAGUUUCACCAAGUGGUGCUGUGAGUCGACGGAAUACGGUAACUCUCGGAGAUGACAGUGCAUUUGGAUCGGGUGGUUCAACGUCUUCUGGAUCAGGUGGAGACAAAAACUUUGAUGAUACAAACAUGUCACCUCUCGGCUCAGUGGAAAACCUCUAUGAACCAAUCACACCUAAAUUCCCUGGCCAGCGAGACAACUAUUAUUACCCUGUUGAUCCAUCUCGAUCUAAUUCAGCAUCGCGGACAUCAUCAAACGGUAGUUCCAACUUUCCGUCGGAGGGCUAUUUAGAGCCCAUCACCAGUAUGCGGACUUCCGGCAAUGCUUCUGCCACACCAGUCCCAGCCACACCUCCCAUAGCAAGCACAGGGAUAGCAACCUGUGUUAGCCCUGUGCCUGCUACGGAAACAGUCAAGCAAGCACCACCACUUAUCGAACCAUCUCGGUCAUCAUUCACAGAAUCAUCUACAGAAUCUUCGCCUCAAUUAUCGGCCGAACUACCCCCCACCAGAGAGGCUCCUGUUGAGAUGACAAUGGAUGAGGAAGAACGCAAGAAAAUUUUAGCUUCACAACCCAUCUAUGAGGAAAUUAAUGGAUAUAGUAAAACAAAUACGGAAGAAGAUGUUCCGCCACCUUUACCGAAAGAUAACAAAGUUCCCCGUAGUGCAGCUGCAGAGAAUAAACUCCCUUUGCAGUCACGUUCUUCCGAUACGUCACAGGAGACCUCUCCACCUCCCCCACCACUGCCAGUAGCGCCUAUUCCUCAACCGACCAUGGGAACUCUUACCCGACCAAAACCUGCUCCUCGGCGCAAACCAAAAAGACCCCACGGGGCUCCACCUGAACAAUAUGUAGCCAUGAAUCGGCCAGCCACAGUAACAACCAGCCUUGGGGCCGAAGACGUGAAAGAAAUGUAUGGUAAGAUAACAAAUAUGAAUCAAGACACACUGCAGCACAUCCACAAUUAUUUGGAAAAUAUUUUUUCUCGAAACUUGGAUCGAUCAUUGGGUUCCCUAAAAUGGACUGACUUUGAACUAACCAGCAACCAACCUGUGCAUACCUCUGAAGAUUGUAUUGUUUAUAGCGCAAGACUGAUUAAUGACAGAGCAUCUUGUCAUUUAGUGUUAACACACGACAACAAUGUUUCUGAUUCUUAUGUUCCACAUCCGGCUUUCAUGAAGCUACAGAACAUUUCCAACAAGGAUAUUCCGCCAUCAUUCCUUCCGGCCUCAAUGAGUGCUAGCAUUGACCAAUCUUCAAUGUUGCCAACAGGGGCAUCAUCAUCAUCCACACCAGCUGUCCCCAGCAUCCACUGGCAUUUGGCAGUCGGGCAAUAUUCUAUAGUUGUAGCCUGGCAUGACUAUAUUACUGAUCUCAAAGACACUAUGAUCCACAAUCCGGACAGUUUUAUCCAGAUUCUGUCUUUUCUCUUCCUUCAAGUGGUCAGUGGUGUCCUACAUCACUUGGAUCGUGGUUCGCCACAGAUGCAUUUCCAGCCAGUAGGCAUUUUUCUCCUUUCGCAAAAGAGUUUCAGUGGCAAGCGGGUUUGCUUGCUUCCGUCAUUCAGGUUGGACAAUAACCUGUCGUCGGACCUGAACAACUUUUGUGCCAAACUAUUGCAAGAUCUCUUCGAAUCGUACAUCAGUGGUGACGAGAAACUGACAGAGUGUUCCAAAGGUUUGCAGCGAGGACUUGAAUUGCUACAGUCAGAUAAAACUGACUGUUUGGCAAUUGUACGUGGCAUGUUAGAAUUGCUUAUUUGGGGACCGUACCCAAGCGAGCUGGCUGGAAGUAGUUUUGUGAGCCAAGAACAAGCCUACGACUUUUGGUUGGAUAAGGAGAGAGCCAUGAUGGUCAACAGAUUUGCUCGAUGUUCCCUCGAUCCUUCGGGAAGCUUCUCUAUAGAAGACUUUUACAAGCUUAGGUUUCUACUGAACUCGACUGGGACGACCCUCGUUGAAAAUUCUCAGUACAUUGUUUAA